CCCCCCCCCCCCCCCCAGGACAAUGAAUUUCGAAACCCCCGAAUACGAGACUCUUCCGAUCACCGUGGAGGGGAACCCGCUGCAAGUAUCCGCGCUGAUCCGCCGGGGCCCGCAACACGCCAUCCUGUGGCUGCACGGCUUCGGCUCGUGCAAAGAGGAGCUGCACGAUCUGAUCUUCCAGCGACCGCUGAAAGACCACACGUUCAUCGCCUACGACGCGCCCGGCUGCGGCGCGACCGAGACCGCCGACCCGACCGCCGCCACCAUCGGCUUCAUGGUUGCCACCGCGGAAGCCGUGCUGCACCACUACGGCGUCGACCACUGCCACCUGAUCGGCCACUCGAUGGGCGGGCUCACGGCCCUGAUGCUGGCCGACCGCCGCCCGGACCGCAUCCUCAGCUUCGUGGAUAUCAAGGGCAACCUGGCCCCGGAGGAUUGCUUCCUCAGCCGCCAGAUCUUCACCCACCCGGGGUCCACCCCGGAGGAGUUCUUGGAGCUGUUCAUCGAGCGCACGCGCGGCAGCCCGGCCUACUCAACGGCACUGUACGCGUCGACGCUGGCCGCGCGCGUCCGGCCCGCCGCCAUCGAGCCCAUCUUCCGGUCCAUGACGGAGCUGUCCGAUGACGGCGAUCUGAUGGACCGCUUCCUGGCGCUCCAGUGUCCGCGCAUGUUCAUGUACGGCGAGCUGAACCGCGACCUGUCGUAUCUGGGCACCCUGCGCGAGCAUGGGGUCGCCUUGGCCGAGAUCUCCCAGAGUGGUCAUUUCCCCAUGUACUCCAACCCCGUAGACAUGUUUGGGCGCAUUGUGGGCUUUAUGAAACGCAGUGCGGUGAUCUAGAGCAGUAGACUGUAGAUGGUUGGCGAUAUUUUGGUACUAAAAGUAUGGUUCGGUUCUGUUUCUGUGAGAUUUCAAAGCACUGGUUAAGGGUACGGGUGGGCUCGAGGAUAUGUAUAGUUUACUAAAAGUACCUGUGCCGGUGGAUCACUUCCAGACAUUUGCAUCGAGAUUGGGCUGUUCAGUACUGUGGAUAGAACCAGGGAGCGAACAGCCAGUUGUGCAGAGCCCUGAAUUCAACAGUUGUCAGGGUCCCUCGGAUCGCAGAUACUGAAAGACAUUGAUCAAGCAAAACAUAGACCUGAAAGCAGUAAAGGCGACAAUGCAAGGCUUC